GGCGGCGGGCACGAUGGCCGCGCACCUGUCCUACGGGCGGGUGAACUUGAACGUGCUGCGCGAGGCGGUGCGCCGCGAGCUGCGCGAGUUCCUGGACAAGUGCGCGGGAAGCAAGGCAAUUGUGUGGGAUGAGUACUUAACAGGACCAUUUGGCCUGAUCGCACAGUAUUCACUCCUAAAGGAGCAUGAAGUGGAGAAAAUGUUCACUCUUAAAGGAAGUCGUUUGCCCGCAGCUGAUGUCAAGAAUAUCAUUUUUUUUGUCAGACCCAGGCUAGAAUUGAUGGAUAUAAUUGCUGAAAAUGUGCUCAGCGAAGACAGACGUGGCCCAGCCAGAGACUUCCACAUUUUGUUUGUGCCACGCCGCAGCUUGCUAUGUGAACAGCGGCUCAAGGACCUGGGUGUUUUGGGAUCCUUUAUCCACCGGGAGGAGUACAGCUUAGAUCUCAUUCCAUUUGAUGGGGAUCUCUUGUCCAUGGAAUCAGAGGGUGCAUUCAAAGAGUGCUACCUGGAGGGUGACCAGACAAGCCUGUACCAUGCUGCCAAGGGGCUGAUGACCCUGCAAGCACUGUAUGGAACAAUCCCCCAGAUCUUUGGGAAAGGAGAAUGUGCCCGGCAAGUGGCCAAUAUGAUGAUCCGGAUGAAGAGAGAGUUUACAGGAAGCCAAAAUUCAAUAUUUCCUGUGUUUGAUAACCUCUUAUUGCUUGAUCGAAAUGUGGACUUGUUAACACCUCUUGCCACCCAGCUUACAUAUGAAGGACUCAUUGAUGAAAUUUAUGGCAUUCAGAACAGUUAUGUGAAGUUACCUCCAGAGAAAUUUGCACCUAAGAAGCAGGGUGAUGGUGGGAAGGACCUCCCCACAGAGGCAAAGAAGCUUCAGCUGAACUCUGCUGAGGAGCUCUACGCUGAGAUCCGCGACAGGAAUUUCAAUGCUGUGGGAUCUGUGCUCAGCAAGAAGGCGAAGGUCAUCUCUGCGGCAUUUGAGGAGAGGCACAAUGCCAAGACAGUGGGGGAGAUCAAGCAGUUUGUUUCCCAGUUGCCUCAUAUGCAGGCAGCACGGGGAUCCCUUGCAAACCACACCUCGAUUGCAGAGCUAAUCAAAGAUAUCACUACUUCAGAAGACUUUUUUGAUAAGUUAACUGUGGAACAGGAGUUUAUGUCUGGAAUAGACACUGAUAAGGUCAACAACUACAUUGAGGACUGUAUUGCCCGGAAGCAUCCCCUGAUCAAGGUGUUAAGACUAGUUUGUCUCCAGUCCGUGUGCAAUAGUGGACUCAAGCAAAAGGUGUUGGAUUAUUACAAAAGAGAAAUUCUCCAGACUUAUGGCUAUGAGCACAUACUGACCUUGAACAACCUAGAGAAGGCUGGCCUGCUAAAGCCACAGACUGGGGGCCGAAACAAUUACCCAACAAUUCGGAAAACAUUGCGCCUCUGGAUGGAUGACGUUAAUGAACAAAAUCCCACGGACAUAUCCUAUGUGUAUAGUGGUUAUGCACCACUCAGUGUCCGACUCGCUCAGCUGCUUUCCCGGCCUGGCUGGCGGAGUAUCGAAGAGGUGCUCCGUAUUCUUCCAGGGCCCCACUUUGAGGAACGGCAGCCGCUGCCCACAGGUCUACAAAAGAAACGUCAACCAGGAGAAAGCCGAGUGACCCUGAUAUUUUUCCUUGGGGGUGUAACUUUUGCUGAAAUUGCUGCUCUGCGAUUUCUCUCCCAGUUGGAAGAUGGAAGUACAGAGUAUGUCAUUGCCACCACUAAGCUGAUAAAUGGAAACAGCUGGAUGGAGGCUCUAAUGGAAACCCCUUUCUAAGGUGCUCAAAGGGGACCUGACACUUCCACUGCAGAACGUUCAGGAAGUUGCUGGAAAGAAGUGAAAUCCCAUAGAAGCAUAGGAGUACAGAAGUUACCAUGGAGUUUCCAUCGAACUUUGUUUUUCCGGCUUCUCCUUUGUGCUCUUAAUUUCUGAAGAAAGAACAAUCAACUUGGAUAAAGAGACACUGAUCUGAGCAUGGUGACUUAUGCCUGGAAUCCUAGCACUCUGGAGGCUAAGGCAGGAAGAUUGCAAUGAUUCUGAGGCCAAUAUUGGGUCUAUAUCAGGUAUGUCCAACCUGUGGCCAGUGGGCUGAAUGCAUCCCAAGAUGGCUAUGAAUGCAGCUCAAUACAUGUGUAGAAGACAGUGUCAUGACACAAUGUCAAAAACUUAGACACUUGGGCUGGAGGGAUAGCUUACUGGUUAAGGCAUUUGCCUGAAAAGCCUGAAAAGACUUAGGUUUGACUCCCCAAGACCUCUGUAAGCCAGAUGCACAAGGGGCACACGCAUCAGGAAUUCAU